CUUCUCCUCUCCUCAGACGGAGAGGAACCAGUCUCUGGAGGACCAGAUGGUCUACAUCCUGCAGCAGAACGAGGAUCUCCGAGUCCGGAUAGAGAACUACCAGACUCUCAUUCAGCAGUUGUCCAAGGAGCAGCAGGACCUGAAGGGGGCGCUGGAGAGGCAGGCGCUGAUGAACCAGAGUCUCUCUCAGGAAAAAGAGCAGCUGGUGUUCAAGCUGAGGCACAGGGACUCAUGUCCCAGCAUGCACCUGCCCGCCAUGAUGCAGGAGCUCGCUCCCAGAUGAUCCCACAGACCCUGCGUCGCUGUAGAAACCAGACCUCAUUUUUUUUGUAUUCACACGAUAACAUGCAGUCGGGCUGGUUUCCCACCCUGUAGCGGGGCUUUGAACUCAACGCUGGUCUUACAGAUGGUCACACAGACCCUGCGUCGCCGAAGAAACCAGAC